UCCGUGCACUCCAGGUGGUCAGCUUGACGUAUGUGUGUCUCCCUCACUUCCUGGGGCUUCCCCCCACUUGUGUGAGCAGCUGUGUGAGUGCGUGUCUGUGUGAGUGUGUGAGUGUGUGUCUGUGUGAGUGUGUGUCUGUGUGUCUGUGUCUGUGUGUUAGUGUAUGUGUCACCUGUCUGAUUUAUACACUCGUGCGGCUUGGACUCUGAUGAAAUGCGCUGUAGAGGCAGACGCAUGUGCGACAGGUGGGCUCACAGCCCGACUCACAGCAGCUCGGGGUGGGGUGGGGUGGGGGGCUAAAGACGUCCACUCAGUCAGGUGGAAGGUGGUGCUGCGUUACAUCAUCAAUGUGCGUCACUACAUCAGCCAAUCGCUGUUACGUAAGCCUCCAGGGUCCUGGAGAGAAGCAGGAGAUCUCUUUUUUUUUUUUCCUGUUGAUGAAACAGGUGGAGAGGGAAGAAGGAAAAGACCAGGCAGGGGAGAACCGAGCGAGAGCUCAGGAGAUCCACAGAGGUGCGGGCGAGGAGUGACCGGUGGCUGGCCCCCUGGCCCGGGUGUCUGGGUCGCUGGGAGAGAUAUUAAAACUGCAUGUGCUAGAGAGAGGCAGGUGGGAGGACGGAAGAGACUAAUUAUGAGCAGGAUCCGACAGCAGGGAGCACUUCUACCAGCAGCACCGGCGAACAGGACCACCACCACCACCACCACCAUCACGACCACCACGUGGGACUACACACACACACCGGCGCCAAGUCCUCAAGGCUCAGCCUCGAACCUGAUCUCCCAGAGAGAAAAAAAACCAACAGAGCUCUGAGCAGAUCUGACACAUGAUCCACUCCUCAUCCUGGACCAGCCAGCCACCGGUGACUGUCUUCACAUGAGCUUCGACCACUUCAGAACCAUGACCUCUCAGACGAAGAAAUAAGGAUUAUUCACCUUUUUUUUUUAUUCCUUCCUUUUUUUUUCUCUUUCGUGCCAGUAUUCCUUCAAGAAUCGACUAAACUGUUUGUAGAGCUGCGUUUGCUGCCACUGCCUCUAACUCAGCUCCAGUGCACACCGAGACCGUUUGUGGCCACCCCAUCAUCUUUCUUCCUCCCAUCCCCAGGAUGUCUGUUCUUACUCUGACGACUGGGAUGUUGUUGCUUCUCUCCGGACUUCUCACUUGCUGCUGCACCCCUACCCCGGUUGGGACAGAGGAAGCAGAGCAGGGCGGGGUGCCCCAGGAGCAGCAGCAGCAGCAGCCCCUGGACUCCAAGCAGGCAGACGUGGGGACAGGGGCAGGGGCAGGGGCCGUGGCCGGGGCAGGGGCCGGGGCGGAGGGCGGCGAGCCCAUCUGCCCGUCGUGUGCGCUGGCCCAGGUGCAGCGGGAGCAGGAGGAGUCGGCGGGGGUGCCGCAGCAGCAGGUGGACAUGGUGGAGGCGGUGAAGAGGCACAUCCUCAACAUGCUGCACCUGAGCUCGCGGCCCAACAUCACCAGACCCGUGCCGCGCGCCGCGCUGCUCAACGCCAUCCGCAAGCUGCACGUGGGCCGCGUGGGAGCGGACGGCUCCGUGGAGAUGGAGGAGGAGAGCGCAGGGCUCGGGCACCAGCAGGGAGGGCUGGGCGGCGACGAGCAACCCGCUGAGAUAAUCACCUUCGCCGAGCCUGGAGACACCCCUGACGUGGUGCAGUUCGACAUUUCCAAGGAGGCCACCUCGCUGUCCGUGGUGGAGCAAGCCAACAUGUGGCUGUUCCUGAAGUUGGCCAAGGGCAACCGCGGCAAGGGCAAGGUCACCAUCCAGCUCCUGCAGCAGCUGUCCGGCCCGGAAGGGGAGCUGAGGGAGGAGCUGGUGUCCGAGAAGGCCGUGGACACGCGGCGCAGCGGCUGGCACACCCUCCCCGUGCCGCGCAGCGUCCAGGCCCUGCUGGAGGGGGACGGCAGCGUGAUGAGGCUCAGGGUGUCCUGCCCGCUGUGCACCGACGCCGGGGCCACCCCAAUCUUGGCGGUGGCGUCGGUGGCGGGGGAGAACGGGCGCGAGCGCGAACAGUCCCACCGUCCCUUCCUCAUGGUGGUGUUGCGCCCCGGCGAAGAUCACCCGCACCGGCGGAGCAAGCGCGGCCUGGAGUGCGACGGCAAGAUCCGCGUGUGCUGCAAGAAGCAGUUCUACGUCAACUUCAAGGACAUCGGCUGGAACGACUGGAUCAUCGCACCGCCCGGCUACCACGCCAACUACUGCGAGGGCGACUGCCCCAGCCACGUGGCCAGCAUCACAGGCUCUUCGCUCUCCUUCCACUCCACCGUCAUCAACCACUACCGCAUACGUGGCUACAGCCCCUUCACAAACAUCAAGUCCUGCUGCGUACCCACGCGCCUGCGGGCCAUGUCCAUGCUCUACUAUAACGAGGAGCAGAAGGUCAUCAAGAAAGACAUCCAGAACAUGAUUGUAGAGGAGUGCGGUUGCUCGUAAAGGUGCACAGGACACCCCUCAUAAACUCGAUUUACUCUUUCUUUAAGAGACAGUUUAUCAUGUUGGUACAGAGCACAGGGGAGAGUGGAGACACCAUGCUGACAUUUGACCUUACACAUGCAACUUUACUGUUGAACUUUGCUCAACUGAUUUGAUAUUUGUCUUUGGAUUUGGAUUAUUCCAAUGGGAACUCUUUGACGGAGUGAUCUCUGUGGCACUUUCAGAUUAAGGAAAAAUAAGAGAAAUAUAUAAUAUAUUUUUGUUAUGAAAAGGGGAGCAACAAUAAGAGGGAAUAUGUGCAUGGCCGAGGCAGAAGUGUCAUUCUUGUCACUUUGCACUGCAAUAAAAAAAAGACUUCUGGCACGAAUGACCUUUGACAAACUUAACUAUGCAACUUGUCAAGUAUUAUUAUGUGUUAAUUUUUGUGUUUUGUGUAUUUUGGGGUGGGCGGGAUUGGGGGAGUUGUUGUUUUUCAACAAAAGAAGGAAGACUGCAUCUUUUCUUUUUAAAUGUUUUUGAGAGAUACUUGAAAGAAAGUUUGACCAGCUACUGGAACCAAACUAUUAUUAUUAUUAUGAUUAUUAUUAUUAUUAUUAUUGUUAUUAUUAUUAUUUCAACUUUUAUGGUCCUCUUAACAGUGCUGAAUGUUGAUGAAAAAUUGUGGAAAUUUGCACUAUACCAACAUUCUACCCACUGGUAUCAGAGAGAGAGAGAGAGAGAGAGAGAGAGGAACAGCAUUCAAUUAGAAAAAUGAAAAAUGAAAAUCAAUAAUUGAGUCAAUCAAUUGAGUACUGAACAAACAUUAUGCACCAAAGAUGUCCAGCACCAAUAGUUCACCAGAGAAUCCUGAUAAGGUUCCACCAGAGAUUCCUGAUAAUGUUCCACCAGAGAGAUUCCUCAAGAAAAGAAAGCCAGAUAAGACAAUGCCCAGUGAUACUGAUACAACAAACAAUACGCUGGUCAACAUAAUAAAAGCAAAAAAAAAGAGAGAAAAAAAGAAUGAUGAAGUUACCCCUGGUGUAAAAUGCUUUUGUUCUGCUUUCUGCAUUCAAACUUGUUUUCCACUGCAAAUGUCUUAAUAUAAACUGAGUUAGUCUUCAUAACACAAGCUGAUUUGUAAAUCAGAUGUUUUGCAAAAACAAAAUGACAAAUAGUGACAAAACUAUGAGCUGAUGUUAAAUGUGGUUGUAAUUCUUUUGUUCUUAUUUGUAAGCAAAGGACACUGAAGGACAUAUCUGGAGAGAAAAAAAAACUUAUUUUGUAUGUAUAGGGAUGUUGAGUGAUAUGUUGCUUUGUUGUAUAAAUCAAAACGUGUGUGUUAUCAUGUUUUAUAUCUAAUUUAUUUUGCAGCAAUUUUUGCUUCAUCAUUAAAGCUAAAGAGUUGUAAA